AUGCCAACAUCUGUUCCUGAAAAUUUACCGGUUCCUCCAAAAGACAUCAAAGAUGUUAUUGAAAAGUCUGUGGUUUACAUCAAGAAGAAUGGCAAAUCCUUUGAAGAUAGGUUGUUAAAGAACAACAAAGGCAACCAAUUUGACUUUAUAAAACCAGAUAAUGAGUUUCAUGCUUACUACUUGUGGGCCUUGAAUUCCUACUCGGGUCUGAAUACAACCGCUACAGAGGAAGGAGAUAGUGAAGUUACUAAUAUUGAUACGAUAGUUAUACCCAAACCAAGAGAUUUAGAAUUCUUGAUCGAACAUUUUCCUGACAAUAUAUGUGAGCGAGAUUUACAAAUCAUCAAGAAAACAGCUAUAUAUAUCGCCGUAAACGGUGAAGAUAAGAUUAAAGGACUUCUAAAACAUGAGCAGGAUUUGGGGUACCAUGCUCAAUUUGACUUCCUUAAACCACAACACUCAUUGCAUGCUCUAUUUCAAGAAUAUGUUACCCAAUAUAAAGCUGUCUUGGAUGCCUUUUUAGGCGAAUCAAAUCUCAUAAAGAAAGAACUAUCAAGCAACUUGAAAGAGUUUGAGAAUAAUGAGUUUGCUGUGUUGACCAAAGCGUAUGACAGAGCUCAAUAUAGAAAGCAGAAUAAGGUGCGUAAGAAAAUGCAUGAUGAGCGUUUGUUGCAAAAAAGAAUUCACUUUGCCCUGGUUGAUUGGCAGGACUUCACCCUAGUUGAGUAUGUAAAGUUUGAUGAAAUUGAUGUGGUAAAAGAGUUGAGCACUCCGUUGGUCCGGGGAGACUUGUCAAAGCGAUCACUUACGGCGAAGAGCCAAGAUAUCAAACUUCCUAAAUCAAAGCCAAUAUCAUUAGAUAAUGAAGACGAUGAACUGCAUAAUGAGGAAGCUCCAUCCAAUAGUGCUGUGAAUGAGUCCGACGUGCCUCCUGCCCGCUUCAAGGGAAUGAAAAUUAAGGCUGCUGGAACAACGAGAUUGAAACGCUCAUCCCCAGCAGCAAAUUCGUCGGGUAAGUCAGUAUCACAAUCAGCUUCAACGGAAAAGAUAAAAUGCCCAGUUACAGGCAAAUUAGUCCCUGCUGCGGAGUUUGAUGAUCAUUUGAGGAGUAUAUUGAGAGACCCAUCUUAUAAGCAACAGCAGGAGAAUUAUUUACGCAAAAACUUCAGUUACGAGUCGAAUAUUACUACUGAUCAAGCAUUUGAAAACAUCAAACGGUUGAUGAGAAAGAGGCAUACAGAGGAUCAUGGUGGUCGAUAG